AUGGGUAGAGCCGAAAGGGUUCCACUAAAAAGUGAAGAGCCGCCACCUGGGGAUGGAAAAAUCUACGAUGGAGUCAGAUUGAAGCCGAAUCCGGCAAAGACAGCCAAUGUAUUCUCGAGGAUAUUUUUCUGGUAUAUGGGUCCACUCUUUCUACGCGGUUUUCGUCACAAUCUUGAGUCAUCCGACAUGUUUGAGCCAUUGCCCGAUCAGGAGAGUAAAGCCGCCACGGAGCAAUUGAGAACGGCCUGGCAAAACGAGCAAAAAGAAGCAAAAGAGAAAGAACGAGAGGCGUCACUGAUGCGCGCAAUCUUUAAAGCAUAUGGAAGAGAGUUGACCAUUUAUGGGGUUUGGCUGUUUCUUGAAGAGGCCAUCAAAUUGUCCCAACCGCUCUUCAUGGGAAGAUUGAUCCGAUAUUUUCGAUUUGACACUCCUUUAACACAGCAAGACGCUUUUCUAUCAGCUGCCGGAGUUGCCAUUACGGGUUUCAUUGUCGUGACAAUUCAUCAUCCAUAUUUCUACGGAUUGCAAAGGAUUGGCUUGAAGAUCAAGAUUGCCGCUUCUGGGCUUUUGUCGGAGAAAGGUUUCGGUUUGAGCAGUGCGGCUCUCCGUGACACCUCAGUCGGUCAUCUCGUCAAUUUGCUCUCCACCGAUGUCAUGAAAUUUGACAUGGCUUUUGUCUUCUUUCACUAUUUAUGGGUUUCCCCACUACUUUUGAUCGGCUACGGGUGCGCGAUUUGGUCACAAAUUGGAGUGAUUUGUCUUGCCGGAUUUGGAGCCUAUUUUUUGCUGUUCCCAAUUCAAAAGUACAUCUCAACAAAGAUGGGCAUCUACCGGCGAUCCGUGGCGAUGAGGACCGAUAAGAGAAUUUCGCUGAUGAACGAGAUUUUGAACGGGAUUCGUUUGAUCAAAAUGUACUCCUGGGAGGAUGCGUUUGCUGACAUUGUGAAGGAGUUGAGGACAAAAGAAAUGGAUAUGAUUCGAAAACAAGCCUCUUGCCAAUCACUUCUCAUGGGUCUCUUUUGGCCAAGCGGGAAAAUGGUCGUGCUCUUCGUCGCCCUUGCCUAUUACCUCCAAGGAGAACUUUUGCUAGCUGAGCCGAUCUUUGUGGCGAGUGCUCUUUUCAACUCUUGCCGCCUUCCCGUUAUGCUCUUUUUGCCAAUCGGUAUCGCAAUGUUCCAGGAAGCAAGGGUUUCAGCGAAAAGGAUUCAAACAUUCUUGGACCUUGACGACUUCAACGCAAUUGAAGCACCAAAAGAGGAACGAGUUGAGAAAGACGAUGGAGUUCAUUAUGAGUUGACUCUGAAUGGAACUUCUGAAAAAAAGCCACUUAUUGAUAACGGAAACGGUUUUUCCACUAUGGAUUCGUGGUGUCAUCUGGAGCCGGAGAGUUCGAAAGACGCGAAAGUCAUAUUGGAGAACUUCUCGGCGACAUGGGAAAGCCCGAGUGAAUGGGAGAAGAAAAUAGCAAAUCCCGAAGCCCCAAUGCAAGCGCAAGCAAUAAAGGACAUCUCCGUCACAGUUACAAAAGGAAAGCUCGUCGGUGUGAUUGGUCCUGUUGGAGCUGGAAAGUCCUCUCUCCUGGCCUCAGUGUUGAGAGAAACAACUCGUACAGCUGGAAAGUUAACCGUUCACGGAAAAGUUGCCUAUUGCUCACAAGAUGCGUGGAUAUUUGGAGGAACGAUUCGAGACAAUGUUCUGUUCGGAAAAGCAUACAAUGCUGAGCUUUAUGAGGAAGUUAUCGAGAUGUCAGCGUUGAAACAAGAUCUUGCUGAGAUUCAAAACGGUGAUCAAAAUAUUGUCGGUGAUCGAGGAUUGGCGUUGAGUGGAGGGCAGAGAGCACGAUUGGCACUGGCGAGAGCGCUUUAUAGUCAAGCUGACAUUUACCUCCUGGAUGACCCACUCUCCGCUGUCGAUGCAGCUGUUGGACGCUUCAUCUUUGACAAAUGUAUCCGACAAUACUUGAAAGAGAAAGUCGUCAUCCUUGUCACUCACCAAUUGCAAUUUGUCGGGAAAGCCGAUGAGAUUGUUUUGAUGAAGGAUGGAGCCGUUGCUGUACAAGGGACACCGAAAGAAUUGAGGGAAUCGAACUCGAAAAUUGUGUUGCAAUUGAUGCAUGAAACCGCUCGAACCUAUGGCGUUCGACGAUCGGUCAGUGUGAGCAGUGGACACUCAAAUGAGCCCGAAGAGUUUGACGAAGAAGAAGUUUUCGAUGAGAAUUUUGGUCCAAAACUGGAAGAAAUUCAAGGAACGAGUGAACCAUCUGGACAAAUAGAAGAGGAUCGAGCUGAAGGAGCUGUGCCAUGGUCAGUCUAUUGGCGCUACAUCACCGCAAUGGGCACUUGUCAAAUCAUCCCUGCUCUUCUUUUCACAUUUUUUGUCCAAAUUCUAUUCAAUUUCACCGAUUUUUGGCUGAAUCUUUGGACAACAGCGUCGGAGAAAGUGAUGAAGUUAACGAAUAUUACAGCUGUGGAAGAGAUUCCAGAUUUCAAGGAUAAUAUCAACUUCUUUGGUCACCAUAUUUCCUUGAGUCUUGAUGGGUACAUGUGGAUUUUCGCGGUCACCUCAACAAUUGUUGUUAUCAGCUCUGUGCUCAGAUGUGUUUGGGUUCGUUUGCUUGAAACGGUCGCCUCGGAGACUCUUCACAAGGAAAUGUUCCACGCUGUUGUAAACACAGAGACCGAGUUCUAUGACACAAAUCCGAUUGGACGAGUACUCAAUCGCUUUUCUAAAGAUAUUCACACAAUGGAUGAACCGUUGGCCUUUGUGUUCUUUGAAUUCAUCUUGGGCGUCCUUGCAAUCAUUGGCUCAGUUGCGAUGAUCUUUUUCGUGAAUCCAUGGAUCUUCCUUAUCUGCAUUCCACUGUGUUUGCUCUUUUGGGUUGUUCGAGCGCUCUAUUUGGCCACGUCAAGAGAUGUGAAGCGAUUGGAGGCAAUCACCCGAUCCCCUCUCUACACUCACAUCUCAUCAGUGAUGCAGGGUUUGAUGACCGUGCGUGCUUUCGGUAAACAUCAAAAAGUCAUUCACGAUUAUCAUGGAAAGAUGAACAUCAACUCAGCUGCUUUCAUUCUCACAUUAACCACUUCUCGUUGGUUCGCUGUACAAAUCGAUCUAAUCGUCACACUUUUUGUCUCAUUUGUCGCCUUUGCUUGCGUCUUGUCACCAAUGGUCUUUUCUUCUGGAGAAGUGGCGCUGAUGUUGGUUUACGCGAUUCAAUUAACCGGUUUCUUCUCAUGGAUCAUGCGACAAUCGGCUGAGCUUCAGAAUGGGAUGGUCUCCGUUGAGCGCAUCGUGAACUUCUGCGGUUUACCAAACGAGCACGCCGAAGAGGGAUUGACAAAGAUCCCAGCUCAUUGGCCAAGCCAGGGUGAGAUCAAAUUUGACAAUUUCUCCCUCCAAUAUCGAGAUGUGAAUCAAUUUGCUUUGCAAGAGAUCUCCGUGCAAAUUGCGAGUCAUCAAAAGAUUGGAGUCGUUGGGAGGACUGGGGCUGGGAAGUCCUCACUUUUGAGAGCUCUCUUCAGAAUGAACAAGAAAUCAACAGGAAAAAUCUACAUUGAUGGAGUUGACAUUGCGAGCAUUCCUUUGAGAGAUCUCCGAGCUCAUUUGGCCAUCAUCCCACAGGAACCAGUCCUUUUCGUGGGAACACUUCGUCGAAACCUCGACCCAUUCAAUGAGCAUUCGGAUGAGGAUUUGUGGACAGCUCUCGAACAAGUCGAACUGAAAGAUGCGGUUGCUGAAUUAAACGGAAAAUUGCAAGCAGAGAUGAAUGAAGGAGGAGCCAAUUUCUCGGUUGGUCAACGCCAACUCGUUUGCUUGGCUCGAGCCUUGUUAAGGAAUUCAAAGAUUUUGGUGAUUGAUGAAGCGACGGCCAAUGUUGAUUUACAGACUGAUGCUCUGAUCCAAAAGACGAUUCGCAAGAGGUUUGCCGAGAGCACCGUGUUAACAAUUGCUCAUCGCUUGCAUACGAUUAUGGACUCGGAUCGAGUCAUGGUGCUCCAAGACGGUCGUGUUGUCGAAUUCGACCAUCCCUAUCUUCUCCUAAGCAAUCCGGAGUCAACUUUCUCAGCGCUAGCAAAUGAAACCGGUCGAGAUACGGCCGCUCAACUGCUCUCCGUCGCUAAAGCCACUUAUGAGGCCCAAAAU